AUGGGUUUGAAGGUGAUUAUGAUCCCAGAGCCUUCUCUUUUCUGUGUCAUUUUGUUGUCUGAUUUGUUGUGUUCUGUUUCAUGCGACCUACCCGAUGAAUUGUUGUUUCAUUACCUUUUUUUCUCAGAUACGACAUCAGAAGUAAGACACAGUUGUAUUGCCUUGCCGAUGGAGAAGACAAUGGUCUUUCUUGUUGGGCUCCGCAUGUUAACUCUACUGCACACGACAAAGAUCUCACUUGAGCGGCCGGUAUGUGCCGCACAAACCUUGCGGAUUUGAAUGACUUUGUUGCUGAACGAUUGGAAGAAUUGAUGUGGUUGUUCCGCUCUCUCCACUGCAGCCUACUGUCUGCGACGGAUCACUCCUCGUGAACUCACGGUUUCCUGGAAGUUAGUCGUCAGUAAUCGGGCUGCGGUUGCACAUGCGAUACUGGUCAGUUCUCACAAAGGAGCGGAAGUGAUCACUCGACGGUUACCGGCUCUUUCUACUGAGUUCUUCAAAUAAACAGGUUUACG